AUGUCGGAAAAGGUCGAACAUCAAGCACUCGGAGAUAUGUCAAACGAUGCAGCUCAUCCAGCCCAGGAAGGCUCAGCGCAAACUGGUACACAGCAAAACGACGCAGCUUACCCAGUCCAAGAAGAUUCAGCGCAAAUUGGUACACAUCAAAAUGGUGUAGCGCAAGAAGGUUCAGCGCAAAAUGAUACACAGCAAAACAACACACAACAAAAUGAUACCCAGCAAAAUGGCGACGCAGAGAAACAACACCCAGGUCAAUUGAAAGCAGCCAAGGAAAAACUUACCUCGAAACAACAAAAGUUAAGGGAUAAGAACAAUCCACCGGGUGGAUUUGAUGCGACGCCCAUUCCAACUGCGCGAGAUGGUUAUACCGUGCGAUUUACCUUUCACAGAGCCGAAAAUCUUCCUGCGUCGGAUCUCAACACUCGAUCUUCCGAUCCUUUCAUUAUAGCCAGUCUGACAUCUUCUCUAUUGAAACGACAUAAGGACGAUCCAGAUCUCGUUCUGCGAACACAAACUAUACACGAAAAUACAAAUCCGGUAUGGAAUAAGACUUGGACAGUGGCUGGGAUUCCUGGGAGUGGUUUCCGUUUAAAAUGUCGUUUAUAUGAUGAAGACCCCGCAGAUCAUGAUGAUAGAUUGGGAAAUGUUACAAUUUAUGUGGAAUCGCUGGGUCCAAAUUGGCAGGGUUUCAAGGAGAAAGCAUUUGAUGUUAAGAAGAGGAUGGGUAGCAAGAGAGCAUAUGGGGUAAGAGCUUGCGCUGCUAUGUUUGACAGUAGCAUACAUAUGGAUGGUACGCUCUACUUAAGCGCGGAAUGCUUAGGACCAUCUGAGAAACCAUAUGGCAGAAUGUAUACAAUUGGGGAAACAUAUUUCUUCAAGCAUUAUUCACCUAUGAUUGGAAGAUUGGCUGGCACUAAAGCUCCUGGAAGUUCGAUGGAUGGAAAGCCCCCAACUGAGAAAUAUGAUUUUCAAGCAAAUCAAAUCCAACUUCAAGGUCCCGUACCUGCGGAAUUAUACCAUCGCUUUGUCGAAUUUAAACCUUUCGUAAAAGGAAUGUUUUCCGGAGCAGGUCUUCGAGGACGAGUCUUGAACAAAGCCCUUCAUCACCAACAUGCCCGUGUAUAUAAUUUCAGCAACAGUACAGAAUAUGGAGUGUUCCCGGCCAAAUCCGAAGAAGCCUCUCUGCAAUUCCUCAAAAUGGUGCACUUUGACGAAGGAGGAAGAAUAUUCACCUAUGUUCUCUCACUCGAUGGACUUCUUCGAUUUACCGAAACGGGUAAGGAGUUUGGUGUUGAUCUGUUAUCGAAACAUACCAUGCAUAGUGAUGUAAACAUUUACAUUGCAUGUUCCGGAGAAUUCUUCGUUCGUCGAUUAAAGCAUCCACAUCGAUCAACUGAUGAUCCUAGCCAAUCUAGUCACCCUAUUGAAGAAUUUCCUGGAGGACCACCAUUUGAAGCUCCUCCUAAAGAUCCCAGCCACUACGAGCUCGUAAUUGACAACGACAGUGGCACCUACCGACCAAAUGGAGAUCUCCUUCCUCUCCUCAAAAAAUUCCUAAAUGAGAAUUUCCCCGGUCUCCACAUCGUCACAAAAGAAUGCACUGAUGAACAUCUCCAAAAAAUGAAACAAGGACAACGAGAAAGAAAGAAGAAGGAAGGAAAAGAAAUCAAUAUGGUGCAGAAUUCAGAUGAUGAUAUUAGUAGUAGUGAUGAAGAUGAUUUGAAUGAUUUGACGAAUACGGGACGGAAAGGGAAGAGUAAGAGAGAGAGAAUUGUGGCUGGUCUUGAAGAUCCCAGUCAAGCGUUAAAGGAUAUGAAGAAGGAAUUUAUUCCUGGAAGGGAAAGAGUCCAGAGAGAGGAAAAUGAAGAUAUACCUGAGGUGGCUUGA